GUGCACUAGCGAUGCGGUGGCUGUGUGUUGUGUGUCUGUGCGCUUCCGUACUCCCAGCCACGCUGCAACUUGACAUGGACAAGAUGUUAGACAAAGAUAACUACGGUCCUUACAAAAUAGAACUGAAGACCUUUGAAGCAUGUUCAGAUGGCGACGACUUGAAGACUCAUAAUAAAGCAUUUUAUUUUAGUACGAAUCAAGUAGACGCGGACGUGUAUGCCUGUAACAUUACAGUGACGCGAAAAAAAAACAUGGCAAAGUGUGUAUUAAAAAUUACAACAGAUGUUUACAAACCAAGCGGAAAAGUAAAUAUAGUCAACUAUAGUAUAAGAAAUAUUUGUCAGCAUUUUGCCUUCGGUGAAAUAUUCAUGGAAACGUUAAAUGCUACAAGAAACUGUGUUGUUCCAAAGGGCAAAUAUGUGAAAAUUUUGAAUGUGAAAGAGAUGACGAGACAGUUCUGGGGCUCCAAGUUCUUCUACGGCGACUACGAGUACCACGCCAAGUUCAAGUGUGGAGACGAAGUCGUCACCUGCCUCACUACCAGAGUAGUCUUUCACAAAUCUACGUAAUCUAAUUAAAUAAAACAUAUACAGUGCAUUAUACAGAAAAUGGGUGACUUAUUAUAUAAUAACAUAAUAACAAGGAAGGAGGUUUUGA